AUGAAUACUAAAUUAUUAAUUACUUACUUUAUUUUCUUUAUUACUUUUUCAAAUGCUAUUUCAAUCAAUGUUGAUAGUAUUCCAUCCAACUAUAUGCACAAAAGACAAGAGGGCGGGUGUAAACCAGUAAAGGGUUUUAUGGCCAAUUACGAAGCAGUAGGUGCACAAAUGAAUCUUUUAAGUACCUCAUAUCUUAUUCCUUAUACAUUUUCAGAGCACGGAACAUUCAUUGUUGAUUACGAAAAUGACUUGGCCGUAUGGGACUUUAACAAUACCGCUGAUGGUGGAAAUUUAAAAGGAACUCUCUACGCAUUCCAUAGUAAUCGUACCCAAUAUGCCUAUGUAAACAUUGGUGGUGUAGAAAAAUGUGCACCAGCUCCAAUGCAAUUUAAUUUACUAGAAAACAUUGCAUUAUCCAAAAAGGUUGGUUCUACUUUAGUUGGCUCCCAUAAACUCGAUAUCUAUGAAAAUUUUACUCCACUCUAUAAUUUUACUGAACAAGUUUCAAUUUAUGAUCCAAAAGAUUGCUCACUAGUAAGCACAGUUAUUACAAAUAAUGUCCUUUAUCAAGGAAAAGCAAUUUAUAACUUUUUCAACUAUAGACCACAAGUUGACCUUUCCAGAACCCAAGCCCCAUCAGUUUGUUUUGUAUAA